AUGGCUACUGGCGGUGAAGUACAUGCUCAUCGUGUUCGAAUCUCUGAUGUCGGCCAGGAACCACUCAAAAUGCUACUACCAAUUCGGGGAUAUGAUGAAGUACCGUUGGUUACACUCGAAGAAGCCGUCGAACCACUUGUGACAACUUUGCCUGACAUCAAAGAUUAUGUCUAUGUCGCCAAGCAACGAUGUGACGAAGAGCCGGCCGACGGUCUUAGUCAAGACGAAUCGGCAGCCAUCAUGCUCUACUCCAUGGAAUGGACACCUCAACAAAAAUGUCUCUACUUCGUCCUGAAUAGUAUUCUUCGAUCAGAAGACAGACGUAAACUGGAAUCAUGGUAUCCAUAUUUAAAACUUUUUCUUAGUGGACUCACUCGUCUUCCUUCAGCUCACCGAUUUGUCUAUCGAGGGGUCAAUACAGACUUGAGCAAGUACUAUAAAAAAGGCAAAUUGGUCGUUUGGUGGGCUUUCUCCUCUUGCACUGCAUCAAUCGACGUACUUCAGAAUGAAGAUUUUUUGAGCCAAACGGGUACAAGAACAUUGUUCACGAUCGAAUGUGACAGCGGAAAAGACAUCAGUCGUCAUUCGUAUUUUCAGUUCGAGCAGGAAAUUCUGCUUCCUGCUGCUAGGCAAUUUGAAGUAGUUGCUUCUCUGCAACCAGCACCGGGUCUUCAUAUGAUUCAAUUGAAAGAAGUUAAACCUCCUAUUGUGCUUCUACAACCUGUGUCACUGGUUUCUCAUUCAAGUCACAAGUCUAUGUCUGGUAAGAAAGAUCAUUUGUCUUCAUCUCAUUGAAAAUAACUUGAACAUAAUGACAGAUCUUACAUGAGUGAUCGAUUGGAUGUAAACGCGCUGAUCCUUUCUUUUCUACUUCGAUAGUUGCUGUGUAGAUCGAAGAGAUAUUUUUUCAUUAUUUACUCUUAAUGAGAUGUACAAAUUCACUACAUCACUACAUUCAAUAUUGCGUAGUAAAGAAUAGUUAUAAGCUUAAAGAAGUUGUACCCGUAAAAAUGAGAGAUGCCAAACAAAUGUUGCCCAGAACGAUAAUGCUUUUUACACUGACUGAAACUCUUUCUAUCACAUUCUAAAGUACCAUGCUGUCCAUUGUAUUCACUAUCUGUCAUAGUCGUUUAAUAAAACUCGAUGAUGAAUCGGUUCAUUGUAGCGAAAUGUAAGAGUUCAGAAACUGAGAAAUAGAAAUUUCUUUACUGCCGAAGAAUUGUCAGCAACAAAACAUCAUUUUCCCAAGGAUGAUGUGGCUGCUGGUCAGUUUAACCACAGCUUCAUGAUUUAAAAAACUAAAGUAAUGUGUUUUCUGUUGCACGGAUCACAUUCGUAUGCACCUCUGUUUGAAAUUUGAGUGUUGCCAAGUCUGUAAAUAAUCUAGCGAAAUUCAGGUAGAAAUUCCUCAGUCCAUUCUCUAGCACUGCUCUCUUCUUCUCUAUACAAGAAAUAAUAGUUUAGUUUAGUUUAUUAUACCCUUACCAUGCUAGUAUAGGGUGAAGAUCAAAAAAUUACAAAAAAUACGCACAAAAAGAAAAGAAGAAAAAAGAGAGAGAAAAAGAAAAAGAAAAAUGUUCAUUCGGGUGAUUUCUUGUUUGACCAUCGUAGAACGCCAGAACCAAGUGCCGUUUUCCGCAUAUAACCUCCAUACUUUGUGAGUGUGGUUUGGGUUAUAUCCAUCAUGAAGUACUUGGUAAAGAAGUUCAGCUUUUUCGUCUUGUUUACAUACCAUUAUUAAUUGUUUAUUUUGUUUUGUGUACACCAUUGUUUUGCGCAGGCCUUCACAUGUU